AUGCGGCAGCUUCUGAAGCUGGGAGUUGGGGGCCGUUUAUGCGUGUUGCUCGCCGGGAAACCUGAUUGGUGUAUUGAUCAAUAUAUUGAGUUCCCUACGAGUCCGUUGUUGGUUCAGCUGCACCCAGUACCAAGGCCGCAUUGUUGCCUUGUGGUCGAAUCAAUGUCGGGGAACAGCCGCCGAGCCAGGGCCGGUCGAGGAAAACGCCAAGCAGUCGAAGGAAGCAAUGGCCCUGCCCGCAAAAUCCGGCGGCAGUUGGCGAACAUCAGAUUUCAAGACUGUCGGCCGGCCGCACGCCUCAGUCCUUCACCAUCUAGGUCGACAAGGGCGAGGGCGGUCAAUGAAACCGAGGGGGGAGCUAGGGGAGCUAGGGGAGCCCGGACGCCCGAGGUAGAUGAUGACAACUCGUAUGCUCGAGAGGCCAUUCAGGAGUUGCUUCGGGCCCAAGAUGAUGAAUUCAACGGGCGCCUACUAGAGUCAGAGACUCGACAGUGGUGCAACCGCGUCCCUCGAGAGCUAGUCCUAAGUUCGGUUCAAUCCUUCUACCAAGAUCUGCAUUCUCGGACAAGCUUACCUUCAGCCCAUUGCGAUCUCUGUCAGCAAAUGGCGGCGCCGGGGGAUUUACGUCGGCAAGCAUGGCAAGAGCUCUUGCCAGAAGGGUCCGCCAUUCGGUCUUUAGUUGAGACAUCUGGAACUCUGGAGUGCAGAGAGUGCUUCCCUGCCAGCUUACACGCCACCUCAUCUUUCUGCUCUGGCUGUUGCAAGUCUCUCCUUGAGGGCUGCGUGCCAAGGGCCUGCUCUGUGAACAAUCUUGCCAUUGGGUGCCUUCACCGAUAUCCGCAAGAGCUUCGUGACCUGAGUCCAAUGGAGGAGAGACUCAUCGCUCUGGCGCAACCGUACGGCUGGGUAACGAAAAUCGAGAUAUCCGUGGAGAGGAAGACUAAUGGAGACUAUCGGAAGCUGAAGAAGGGUCACAUUACGAUCUUCCCCAACAACCUGGAAGGCCUUGUCAGCAACGUCCUCCCAGCCCCUAUCAUUCAGCACAAGGAAUCCCUGCACGUCUGCUUCAUCGGACCACGACAGCCGCUUCCGCAGGACCUGAGCUUCUUGCUUCGCGUGCGGCCCCUCAGGAUACGAAAGGCACUUUUCUGGCUUAAGGAGCAUAACCCGCUGUAUCGUCAUGUCGAGAUAAGCACACAGAAUAUGGAGCAAUAUGCAGAUACUGUUGAUGAGAUACCAAGGGCCCUGCUUGACGACAUGGAGCGGUAUGUGCCGAAUGCUCAGGAUGUCAUCCAGACGGGGCACUAUGUGCCGGCGCCUGAACGAGGAGAGCCAAGCAGUCGAGAAAUUUCAAUCGGGGACAUUAUGGAUUCUUUGCGGGCAACGGAUAAGGCUGCAACAGGAAAUGACCCGACUGAGGACACGGACGAAGAUAUUGACAUGGAGGCUGAUGCAGAAGUGCGGGUUCAGGAAGAGAUUGAGGAAAUCACCUCAUCUGGGAUGAUGGGGGUGGAUAUUCCCCCCGAGGCGACGACUUUCGAAAAGCUGGAGCACCUGAGCCGGGCAAUGCAGUCGGAGAGAGAUGCGGAAGGGAAGCCCAUCCACAUAGCGGCGGAGCCGGAGCAGUUCAUUACCUUGGACGGGGAUUCUGAACCAUUUAUUGCUAACCGGCGAGGGGACAGCUUCGAAGACACAUUCGCGCCCGAAUUUUUCCCAAAAGUCUUCCCGUGCCUCUUCCCCUGGGGAAAAGGGGGGCCGCGGAAUCUUGAGGGCGAUGGCGUGGCUGGAAGGAGCGAGAGGAAACAACGAGACUUUACGUUGACAGCUUGGGCGCGCUUCUGCCUUCUCCGGUUUGGAGCCCAUUUUGCAACGCAUUCUAUCUCUCCGUUUUUGGUUUUCAAUAUGGAUCUCCGGUCGAAGAAUCGUCAGGUCAGCGGUGCAAGGAUCGCCAAGUCGUCAUUUUUGAGGUUAGAGAAAAUUAUGCCCACUCUGACGAUUAGCCGGCUUCAGGCAGCAGAGACGGAAUAUAAAGAAACUAGGAGCACCACUGACAUAGAUAUCGAGUUCCUGCUUCGAGAACUAAGUGCAUUUGGGUAUCGCCAUCCUCUUUCUAAUGAAAGCAGAAUGCUCAUGCGGCGAAAAAUCAAGUCGUUGUGCCUGAAAUAUGGCAUGCCGAGUAUAUGGUUCACAAUCAACCCCAAUGACCUAAACAAUCCAGUGAAGCUGCGGCUUGCAGCCCAUCGAAAGUACUCCGCGGAAGACGCAGAAAAGAUGCUGGAGAAAAUUCGGCAAGGAUUCGGAUAUCACCAUCUCAGUAUCAGCGAUCCUGUCAGUUCCGCCAUCUUUUUCCACCGGGAGAUCGAGGCUUUUUUCAAGCAUUACGUCCGGGUCGGAGAGCCCUCGGUGUUUGGUAAGGUGUCCAAGUACUACGCAACUGUAGAGACGAAUGAACGCGGAGCGUUACAUCUUCACGGGCUGAUGUGGCUCCACGGUAAUCUUUACCUGCCCACGUUGUUGGAGGACGCCUGCAAAGAAGGAGAGGAGGAGUAUCGGCGCAAGAUAUGCCAGUAUAUCGAUGACGUCUUUUGCGAAGACAUUGAUGAGGACUGUGGUCGUCGCUGGCCGAGGUCCAAGUCUCCAUACGCUUGUGUGUGGGACUUGAUGAACGACAGGGAGCGGCUUGGUCUGGAAUUUGAGGAGCAAGCCAACUUUUGCGCUUGGCGGUGUCAAUACCACACGUGCGGAGCCACUUGCGUGAAGUAUUCGUACCGGCAGGCGGCUGCUGAAGGGGAGACUCAAGGACGGAGGAAGAAAGCAGACCUAUGCCGAUUCAAGAUGCCGCAGAAAUGCUAUGCGCGCACCGAGAUCACCGAGCGUGGAAUUGUGCACCUCAAGCGGUCCCAUCCACGGAUUAACCGAUGGAAUAAAGCUAUGGCGGUUGGCCUGCGGCACAACUUCGACCUCGCUUUCCUUAACACGCGCUCGCAGGGGUUGUCAAUGAUUUACUAUAUAACGAAUUACGCGACCAAGUUGAGCACGCCGACCUGGAAGCGGUUGUUCUUGGGCGCCAGUGUAAUGGAAUCACUCCAGGGAAACCAGGACGCCGCAGAAGGUUCGGCGAACUACACGGCAGCCGAUGGGCGGCAGAAAGUACGCAACAACCGCACUCGACAGUUCUUCAACCGUUGGGCGAACAAGAUAUUUAGUGAUCGAGAGCUGUCAUCCGUGGAGGGCCCUUCGCCGGAGUCAGUGCUGUUCACAGACCUUGGCCCAAAGCUUUCGUACUACGCUGCCUAUCCACACCGUGGGGAGGCUCUUGCAGACAUGAGCUUUUGGGAGUAUAUGUCAUUUGUGUCUUUGCGUCGACGGGGCACAAAAGUCUUCGCCUGGGCAACUCAGGUUUCGUUCAACACCAACAGUGAACUUGCUGAGAGGUGGGUCCAGGUACUGCGACGCUCAAAUAAACCAGCUACGCCAGUCAUAACCGGAUACCUUGGAACAGACUUAGAAGAAGAUGUCGAACAUUACUUUCAGAGAAAUCCUGUACUUCUACUGGCCCUGUUCGUGCCGUGGGACAGGUUCAUACAUCGAGCAGAACUCCCACUCAAUCUUUGGAAGGAGUUCAGGCCAACUCUAAGGCCAGUCAUCCAAGAACUCGUCAGGUCGAGUACCCUGAUGAACAAGUCUGCCGAGGACGCGAGAAAGGAUGCCCAGCUGUGGGCAUGUCGCUCCGAAGGAGACGAGAUCUACGCCCCAGAAGAGGAAUUUGAAUCGUCGUGGCAGGGAAGCUAUCAGCCGGAGCCGGCGGUCAUUCAAACUCUGGUGGGGAAUAUCCUUCGGCGACAAACGACGGACCAACGUUCAAUUACGAAGGACUGUGCUGCACUUGACAAACUGCUGGGGGCCAUUGACGCGAACCCGCCACGGGAAAGUGAUGACGGCAUUUUGGUGCCAGGUCUGCCAGGUCUUCCAGAUUCUGACGUCGCGAGUGGCCACAUCACCGGGCAGAAGAUGAGUCAGAGAGCUAUCGCUGGUACUCGGGCGAAACAAAGAGAAGUCCACAAGCAAAGGAUGGAAGAGCUUGAAGGAGGGGAGCUUACGGUAGCUGGCGAACGCCCGUCCCACGCCCAAGUGCUAGACGGAUUUGGCCAAGGUGAAGUGGUAUUCCCUACACCCGAAGAUCACCAGCUUCUCGCGGAGAGUACCAUCGCAUUGAAUCUCGGUCCUUCGUCGUCAUACAUGGCGCUGGGCCGGAAGGUUGCCGACUUCUUUACGCUGAACAGUCUCCAACGCACUGCCCAUCUGAUGAUAAUGGAGGCCCUUCACGCACAUCAAGGGUAUGAAGGCGAAAAUGACCAGGGCCAGCAUUUGCAAUACGUCGGUGGAGAGGGCGGCACUGGAAAAUCCCGCGUAGUAGACGCGGUGAGAAGGGUGUUGCAGGAGAAAAACGAACCGGGUGCAAUAAUGGUCACCGCAACGUCAGGAUCGGCAGCGGCUGGGAUCAGCGGCACCACCCUACAUUCUGCUCUAGGAAUUGCGCCGAGCGGGACAGACUGUGACGCCGUCGAGAAGGGAGACUCACUCACAGCAGGGGCGUAUCAAGAUGCUCUCCUCUAUCAGAUGGAUGACAAGCUGAGACACCUAAGGUCGAGCAACUCGCCGUUCGGUGGCAUUCCCGUUGUCCUCUUUAGCGGACAUUUCUUCCAGUUUGGACCUGUGUUGCAGAAGAGCAUCCUGUUCCCGUCUGAAGCCUGCACAGGGAAGCUGUACGCGGCGGCCCUAAAUCACCAACAUGCGCACGAGCUGUGGCUGAGGUUCGAGCACGUGGUGAUUCUCCAGGAGCAGGUCAGAGCGUGCGGCGACCCAGAACUGCGGUCUCUUCUAACCAAGCUCCGAAACUUUCAGCAGGGCCCGGACGACCUCGCCCUCAUCAACAGCAGAGUCGUCAAGGACGGUAAGAUACCGUAUGAUGACGAUAUACGGGUCAUCACGCCUCUGAACCGACACCGGUGGGACCUCAACUCUCAGGCGGUGAUGAUGUGGGCAAAGAGGAGGCGAAAGACCGUGUCGAUAUUCAUGUCGUCGCACAAGUGGACAGGAGGACAGCCGUCCGAGGAGGAGAUGAUGAGAGUCUUUGAGCAGGGAGACGACAAUAACUGCGCAAUCCCAGCCGCCUUCGUAUAUGCCGAUGGAAUGCCAAUCAUGGUGAACGAAAAUGUCUAUCUUGGCCUGAAGGUCGUGAACGGCAGUAUCUUCGAGGCAGCUGGCAUUGUUCCUGAUAGUCGGUACUGCCCCGUGCGUGCAACCAUCGCCGUCCCUGACGAGCGGGACGCCGCAGCUCCGGAGACCGAAAUGGGCAUCAAUCUCUACUUUGGCCCCCCCUCUGCCGUCCUUCUUAAGUCUGAAAACACGGCGAAUUUCGCUUUUCCAGAAUACCACCCGGUACCGUCAUGCCGGAAGAACCGGCUAAGAAUGCGGUGUCAGCGCCACGGGCUACCAUGCACUGCCGGAUUCGUCAUGACGGACUUCAAAGCACAAUCAAAGACGAUGCCCAACGUCGUGCUUGGCUUAUACGGCUACCACCUUUUACCUUCGGGGGAGCCGUCGGCGUGCGAAUACACCACCGCGUACGUUCAGUUAUCCAGAUGCACAUCGAUCGCAGGCAUGAACCUGCUUCGGGAAGUCCGACCCGUUGAUUUUCUCAACUUGAGGCUAGACGAGAGGAAGUUAGCAGCCAUCAGGAGAUUGGAGAAGCUGAGCCAGCGUACAAUUGCAGCAUGGGAUCGUCGACAGGAAGAGACGUCGAAAACGGGACUGUCAUCGGACCAAGUUGCUGGAUAG